AUGUAUGUCUGCCUUUUUACAGUCCUUAUACUCUCACAUUUCCGUGCAGAGGUUGCUGCUAGUGGCGGUAAUCACACGAUAGCAAAAAGGCAAUCGAAAUAUAUUUGUGGUACGGAGCCAUACCGUUUUUUCUCGGACGUGCGUGAGUAUUUCAUGAUUUCAUUUUGGUUCUUUUCACUGUUCAUCCCUGUGACUAGCUUCUAA